CAGCUCAUGACCAACUUCAUCCUGGGCUCCUUUGACGACAACUCCUCGGACGAGGACAGCGGGGCGGGCUCGUUCAGGGACUCUUCCCGGAAGGGCAGCAGGGCCAGCCUGGGCACCCUAGGCCCGGAGGCGGCUCUGAUCGCAAGUGAACCUGAGUCCCAGGUGCCCACUAUACGGCCGAGCAUGUCUGGCCUCCACCUGGUGAAGAGAGACAGAGAACACAAGAAGCCGGACCAGCACAGAGACUUCACGGUGGCGUCCCCUGCCGAGUUUGUUACCCGCUUUGGGGGGAAUCGGGUCAUCGAGAAGGUUCUCAUCGCCAACAAUGGCAUUGCUGCGGUCAAGUGCAUGCGCUCCGUGCGCCGCUGGGCCUACGAGAUGUUCCGCAACGAGCGUGCCAUCCGGUUUGUGGUCAUGGUGACCCCUGAGGACCUCAAAGCCAAUGCAGAGUACAUCAAGAUGGCCGAUCAGUACGUCCCUGUUCCAGGAGGGCCCAAUAACAACAACUAUGCCAAUGUCGAGCUGAUUGUGGACAUUGCCAAGAGAAUCCCUGUGCAGGCCGUGUGGGCUGGCUGGGGCCACGCUUCCGAAAACCCCAAACUUCCGGAGCUGCUGUGCAAACAUGAGAUUGCUUUCUUAGGCCCCCCCAGUGAAGCCAUGUGGGCCCUGGGAGAUAAGAUCGCCUCAACCAUCGUUGCCCAGACACUGCAGAUCCCAACCUUGCCCUGGAGCGGAAGUGGUCUCACACUGGAGUGGACAGAGGGUGGCCUGCAGCAGGGCAAACACAUCAGUGUCCCAGAAGAUGUUUAUGACCAGGGCCGCAUAAAAGAUGUGGAGGAGGGCUUGGAGGUGGCAGAAAGAAUCGGUUUCCCAUUGAUGAUCAAAGCUUCAGAAGGUGGUGGAGGGAAAGGAAUCCGUAAGGCUGAGAGUGCUGAGGACUUCCCGAUGCUUUUCAGACAAGUGCAGAGAGAGCUCGCAGGUUCACCCAUCUUCCUCAUGAAGCUGGCCCAGCAUGCUCGGCACCUGGAGGUCCAGGUCCUGGCUGACCAGUACGGUAACGCCGUGUCUCUGUUUGGACGGGACUGCUCCAUCCAGAGGCGGCACCAAAAGAUCAUCGAGGAGGCGCCCGCCACCAUCGCCAUGCCAGCUGUGUUCGAGUACAUGGAGCAGUGUGCCGUCCGCCUGGCCAAAACGGUGGGCUAUGUGAGCGCAGGCACAGUGGAAUACCUCUACAGCCAGGACGGCAGCUUCUGCUUCCUGGAGCUGAACCCGCGCUUGCAGGUGGAGCAUCCCUGCACGGAAAUGAUCGCCGACGUCAACCUGCCCGCCGCGCAACUGCAGAUCGCGAUGGGGGUGCCGCUGUACAGGCUGAAGGACAUCCGACUUCUGUAUGGAGAGUCUCCGUGGGGUGUGACACCCAUUUCCUUUGAAAUGCCCUUGAGCCCGCCCCUCGCCCGAGGUCACGUCAUAGCAGCCAGAAUCACCAGUGAAAACCCAGAUGAGGGAUUUAAGCCAAGCUCCGGGACGGUCCAGGAAUUGAAUUUCCGCAGCAGCAAGAACGUGUGGGGUUACUUCAGCGUGGCCGCUGCCGGAGGCCUGCACGAGUUCACCGAUUCCCAGUUUGGACACUGCUUCUCCUGGGGCGAGAACCGCGAAGAGGCCAUUUCGAACAUGGUGGUGGCUUUGAAGGAGUUGUCUAUCCGUGGUGACUUCAGGACCACUGUGGAAUAUCUUGUUAACCUUCUGGAGACAGAGAACUUCCAGAACAAUGACAUUGACACUGGGUGGCUGGACUACCUCAUCGCCGAGAAGGUGCAGGCAGAGAAGCCGGACAUCAUGCUCGGGGUGGUGUGUGGGGCCUUGAACGUGGCAGAUGCGAUGUUCAGAACCUGCAUGACGGAUUUCUUGCACUCCCUGGAAAGGGGUCAGGUCCUCCCAGCUGAUUCUCUGCUGAAUAUCGUGGACGUGGAGUUGAUUUACGGAGGCAUCAAGUACAUUCUCAAGGUGGCCCGGCAGUCUCUCACCAUGUUCGUUCUCAUCAUGAAUGGCUGUCACAUCGAGAUCGACGCCCACCGGCUGAACGAUGGGGGGCUGCUGCUGUCAUACAAUGGCAACAGCUACACCACGUACAUGAAGGAAGAGGUGGACAGCUACCGAAUCACCAUCGGCAACAAGACGUGUGUGUUUGAAAAGGAGAACGACCCCACGGUGCUCAGAUCCCCGUCAGCUGGGAAGCUGACCCAGUACACCGUGGAGGACGGAGGACACGUGGAAGCCGGGAGCAGCUAUGCCGAGAUGGAGGUGAUGAAGAUGAUCACGACCCUGAACGUGCAGGAGAGUGGUCGGGUCAAGUACGUCAAGCGUCCAGGGGUCGUGCUGGAAGCUGGCUGCGUGGUGGCCAGGCUGGAGCUCGAUGACCCUUCCAAAGUGCAACCGGCCGAGCCGUUCACAGGGGAGCUCCCUGCCCAGCAGACUCUGCCCAUCCUCGGGGAGAAGCUGCACCAGGUGUUCCACAGUGUUCUGGAAAACCUGACGAACAUCAUGAGUGGUUACUGCCUGCCCGAGCCUUUUUUCAGCAUCAAGCUGAAGGAGUGGGUGCAGAAGCUCAUGAUGACCCUCCGGCAUCCGUCACUGCCGCUGCUGGAGCUGCAGGAGCUCAUGACCAGCGUGGCGGGCCGCAUCCCCGCCCCAGUGGAGAAGGCGGUACGCAGGGUGAUGGCCCAGUAUGCCAGCAACAUCACCUCCGUGCUGUGCCAGUUCCCCAGCCAGCAGAUAGCCACCAUCCUGGACUGCCACGCCGCCACCCUGCAGCGCAAGGCUGACCGCGAGGUCUUCUUCAUGAACACGCAGAGCAUCGUGCAGCUGAUCCAGAGGUACCGCAGUGGGGCCCGGGGCUACAUGAAAACCGUGGUGCUGGACCUCCUGCGGAGCUACCUGCGUGUGGAGCACCAUUUCCAACAAGCUCACUAUGACAAGUGCGUGAUAAACCUCAGGGAGCAGUUCAAGCCAGACAUGACCCUGGUGCUGGACUGCAUCUUCUCACACGCGCAGGUGGCCAAGAAGAACCAGCUGGUGAUCCUGCUGAUUGAUGAGCUGUGUGGUCCAGAUCCUGCCCUGUCGGAGGAGCUCACCGCCAUCCUUACAGAGCUUACUCAGCUGAGCAAGAGCGAGCAUUGCAAGGUGGCCCUCAGGGCCAGGCAGGUUCUGAUCGCCUCCCACCUCCCUUCCUAUGAACUGCGGCACAACCAGGUGGAGUCCAUCUUCCUCUCGGCCAUCGACUUGUACGGCCAUGAGGUCUGCCCGGAAAAUCUCAAGAAACUGAUCCUUUCAGAAACGACCAUAUUUGAUGUGCUGCCCACUUUCUUCUACCACGCUAACAAAGUCGUCUGCAUGGCAUCCCUGGAGGUUUACGUGCGGAGAGCCUACAUCGCCUACGAGCUGAACAGCCUGCAGCACCGCGAGCUCUCGGAUGGCACCUGUGUGGUGGAGUUCCAGUUCAUGCUGCCUUCCUCCCACCCCAACCGGAUGGCUGUGCCCAUCAGUGUCACCAACCCCGACCUGCUGAGGCACAGCACGGAGCUCUUCAUGGACAGUGGCUUCUCUCCGAUGAGCCAGCGGAUGGGGGCCAUGGUCGCCUUCAGGAGAUUUGAGGAUUUCACCAGGAACUUUGAUGACGUCAUCUCCUGCUUUGCCAACGUGCCCACAGACAUGCCCCUCUUCAGCAAGGCCCGCACCUCCCUGUACUCUGAGGAAGAAGGCAAGACCCUCCAAGAGGAGCCCAUCCACAUCCUGAAUGUGGCCAUCCACUAUGCAGAUCACCUGGAGGACGAGGCGCUGGUGCCCAUUUUUCGGACCUUCGUCCAGUCCAAGAAACAUAUCCUUGUGGAUUACGGACUUCGGAGGAUCACAUUCCUGAUCGCUCAAGAGAAAGAAUUUCCCAAGUUUUUCACAUUCAGGGCAAGAGACGAGUUUGCAGAAGACCGAAUUUACCGUCACCUGGAGCCCGCCCUGGCCUUCCAGCUGGAGCUCAGCCGAAUGCGCAACUUCGACCUGACUGCUGUGCCCUGCGCCAACCACAAGAUGCAUCUUUACCUGGGCGCCGCCAAGGUGAGGGAGGGCGUGGAAGUGACCGAUCACAGAUUCUUCAUCCGCGCCAUCGUCAGGCACUCAGACCUGAUCACCAAGGAAGCCUCCUUCGAGUAUCUGCAGAACGAGGGCGAGCGGCUGCUGCUCGAGGCCAUGGACGAGCUGGAGGUGGCGUUCAACAACACCAGCGUGCGCACGGACUGCAACCACAUCUUCCUCAACUUUGUGCCCACUGUCAUCAUGGACCCGCUCAAGAUCGAGGAGUCGGUGCGCGCCAUGGUGAUGCGCUACGGCAGACGCCUGUGGAAGCUCCGCGUGCUGCAGGCCGAGGUGAAGAUCAACAUCCGCCAGACGACCACUGGCAGAGCCGUUCCCAUCCGUCUAUUCAUCACCGACGAGUCGGGCUACUACCUGGACAUCAGCCUCUACAAAGAAGUGACUGACCCCAGAUCUGGAAAUAUCAUGUUUCACUCCUUCGGCAACAAGCAAGGGAGCCUGCACGGCAUGCUGAUCAAUACUCCCUAUGUCACCAAGGACCUGCUUCAGGCCAAGCGGUUCCAAGCACAGUCCCUGGGGACCACCUACGUGUACGACUUCCCGGAGAUGUUCCGACAGGCUCUCUUCAAACUGUGGCAGUCCCCGGACAAGUACCCCAAAGACAUCCUGACGUACACCGAGCUGGUGUUGGACUCCCAGGAGCAGCUGGUGGAGAUGAACAGACUUCCUGGUGGGAACGAGGUCGGAAUGGUGGCCUUCAAAAUGAGGUUCAAGACCCCCGAGUACCCAGACGGCCGGGACGUGAUGGUCAUUGGCAACGACAUCACCUUCCGCAUCGGCUCCUUUGGCGUUGGGGAGGACCUCCUGUACCUGCGGGCAUCCGAGAUGGCCCGGGCAGAGGGCAUUCCGCAAAUCUACUUGGCAGCCAACAGCGGGGCUCGCAUUGGCCUGGCCGAGGAGAUCAAACACAUCUUCCAAGUGGCUUGGGUGGACCCUGAAGACCCUCACAAAGGAUUUAAAUAUCUGUACCUGACCCCCCAAGACUACACCCGAAUCAGCUCCCUGAACAGCGUGCACUGCACACACAUUGAGGACGAAGGAGAAUCCAGGUACGUCAUCACGGACAUCAUCGGGAAGGACAGCAGCCUGGGCGUGGAGAACCUGAGAGGCUCGGGCAUGAUCGCGGGGGAGGCCUCCCUGGCCUACGAUGAGGUCGUCACCAUUAGCAUGGUGACCUGCCGUGCCCUUGGAAUCGGGGCCUAUUUGGUGAGGCUGGGCCAGCGGGUGAUCCAGGUGGAGAACUCCCACAUCAUCCUCACAGGAGCCAGCGCUCUCAACAAGGUUCUGGGAAGAGAGGUCUACACCUCCAACAACCAGCUGGGCGGUGUCCAGAUCAUGCACAGCAAUGGCGUCUCCCACGUCACCGUGCCGGAUGACUUCCAGGGGGUCUGUACCAUCCUGGAAUGGCUGUCCUACAUUCCAAAGGAUAAUCGCAGCCCCGUGCCUCUCAUCCCACCCGCUGACCCCAUCGACAGAGAGAUUGACUUUGUCCCAUCCAAAGCUCCCUACGACCCCCGGUGGCUGCUUGCGGGAAGGCCUCAUCCAUCUCUGAAGGGAACCUGGCAGAGCGGAUUCUUUGAUCAUGACAGCUUCAGGGAAAUCAUGGCACCCUGGGCCCAGACGGUAGUGACAGGACGCGCAAGGCUGGGGGGCAUCCCCGUGGGAGUGAUUGCGGUGGAGACUCGGACUGUGGAGCUGGCCAUCCCUGCGGACCCUGCCAACCUGGAUUCUGAGGCCAAGAUCAUCCAGCAAGCAGGCCAGGUGUGGUUCCCGGACUCUGCCUACAAGACGGCCCAGGUCAUUAAGGACUUCAACCGGGAGCGGCUGCCCCUGAUGAUCUUUGCCAACUGGAGGGGUUUCUCUGGAGGCAUGAAGGACAUGUACGAGCAGAUGCUGAAGUUUGGAGCGUACAUCGUGGACAACCUCCGGCAGUACAAGCAGCCAGUGCUCACCUACAUCCCCCCGCACUCGGAGCUCCGCGGGGGCUCCUGGGUCGUCUUGGACUCCACCAUCAACCCUCUGUGCAUAGAAAUGUACGCGGACAAGGAGAGCAGGGGAGGUGUUUUGGAGCCAGAAGGCACCGUGGAGAUUAAGUUCCGAAAAAAAGAUCUUGUAAAGACCAUGAGAAGAAUCGACCCAGUUUGCAAGAAGCUUGUGGAACAGCUGGGGAAGGCCCUGGCUCAGCAACCAGAUAAGGAGCAGGACCGCAAGGAGCUGGAGGGCCAGCUGAAGGCCCGCGAGGAGCUCCUGCUCCCCAUCUACCACCAGGUGGCGGUGCACUUCGCCGAUCUGCACGACACCCCGGGCCACAUGCUGGAGAAAGGCAUCAUCUUGGACGUGCUGGAGUGGAGGACGGCCCGCACCUUCCUCUACUGGCGGCUGCGCCGGCUGCUGCUGGAGUCGCAGGUGAAGCAGGAGAUCCUGCGCGCCAGCCCCGAGCUGAGCAAAGAACACAUCCAGUCCAUGCUGCGGCGCUGGUUCGUGGAGACCGAGGGCGCUGUCAAGGCCUACCUGUGGGACAACAACCAGGUGGUGGUGCAGUGGCUGGAAGAGCAGUGGCUGGCAGAGGGCGGCCUGCGCUCUGCCAUCCGUGAGAAUAUCAAGUACUUGAAACGGGACUCGGUCCUCAAGACCAUCCAAGGUCUGGUUCAGGAAAACCCUGAAGUGGUCAUGGACUGUAUAGUGUACCUGAGCCAACACCUCAGUCCGGCUGAGCGGGGGCAGGUGGCUCAGCUGCUGUCCACGUCGGAAAGCUCGGCAUCCCCCUGAGCGGCUCUGGCCAUCCCUGGACCCUGGGUACAUAGGAACCACGUGGCCGCAGCACUCUGGGGGUUCGCCUUGGGGAACAGCCAUGAAGCCAUCCCCAGCGCGUCCGCAGGCAGCGCUGCUGGGCCUGCCCAGUGCCCCUCCCCGUUGCCUGGGGACCGCGUCAUCGUGGGUCACCUUGGACGGCCGUGUGCUGCUUCGUUGAACUGAGCUAUCUACCCCGAGAUCCUCGUGCUUUAGACACUUGGUAUCUCUCUCUCAUUUUGUUGACUAAUCAUGGGGCACUUUAUUCAGUUUAGUGUUUUGUUUUGUUUUGUUUUUUGAGGCUGGCCUCCAACUCUCGGCCAUCCUCCUACCUCAGGCUCCCCGAGUGCUGGGAUUAAAGGCGUGCGCCACUGCAUCUAGCUACACUUUUAAUUAAUUUUUCUUUUCACUCCAUGACCAGCACUUGACAGAAGCAUCUUGUAUCUUUCAGUUGAGCAAUCAAGCCAAGGAAAAAUGCAAACCAGACCAGAGAACACCUAUUUUAUUUUAUUUUAUUUUAUUUUUUGGUAAUGAGGCAUAUCAGGUACUGCCUAGGCACCCAGGAAGGGCUAGGCAUUUUUUUUUAAGAUUAAGAGAAUAAAAUGAUACUUUGUUCUCCAAGUGGCCCUAGUGAGUCACGUGGACCAUCCUGCGGGCAGGCCAUGCCCAGUGCUCAUUAGAGAGAAAGCAAAAUGAGCAGUGAUGCCUGAAUCCAGUGCCCGGAAGAGCUUACACAGGUCCCAUGAUUCCGCCUGUACCGUCUCUCCAAGAGCGAGGACUGGCCUUCUCGUCCUGCCCCGCCCCCUCCCCGCUUGGCAGAUUUGCCACCCGAAUGGGCAGCACCCGUUGACAGUACAGAGGGAGAGGGUAGUUGUCCCCUCUGUGAUUGCCACCACCCCCUGAGGGCCCCCGACAUGCUGGUGCUCCCACACCUUGGGGCUUUGACAUCUGUGCUGGGAUCCGUCACCCAGAGAGAGAUAGAACUAUGGGUGAACUAGACCCAGACUGUGAGCACCGAGCCUGUUUGUUCAGGACGACUGCUGGGGACCUGUCAGCACCCCCAGGCCACUCGAAGCCCGAGACCAGCGGAGUCUGCUGUCACCUGCCGCCGUGGGUGCCACCGUGUCUGAGGAUAAGAGGUGUUAACACGGGCCAACGCAGGAGCCGCCCGGGCUGCCCAGGGGAUGCUCCGCAGGCCAGGACACUUGGGGCUGUCCCGGUUUAGGAUGGAAAUGUCUGACUAUUGGCCCAGUGACAGCCCGGGCAGAUUGACGAGGGGAUGGGGCCAGGAGGAGAGGAACAAGCUGAGAGAUCCGACGUCCCAGCUCGACACGGGGCGGGGUGGGGAUUGCCGCUGCUCUGGGGA